GCAGACCUGCAGUGCGAUCUCAGAGCAUGGCAAUGGGGCUAUGAGACUGAAGGGAGACAGAGAGCAAAGAGAGAAGAGAGCAAGAAGGAGGGGGGAAGUUGAAAAGAAGCGCUUGAGGGAUUUGCUUGGAUGAAAAGAAGGUGGUGGUGGGGGGGAAGAUCUCUGGCUGUAUUGCCCAUCGUGGAUGUUGGAAGGACGUGGCAGCAGUGGCUUAGGUUCAGGCAGGUCUGUGGUCUUCUGUGUUGAAGUAGGAAGCGUCAGGACGUUAUGCCCUGUGAGCAGUGAGGGGUAAGCGUGUGUGUGUGUAUGUGUGUGUGCGUGUCUGUGUUCCUGCAUCAGCGCUGCCUGCAUGUCUCAGACAGGCAAGGGAUGCAGCAAACCUCUGCCCUGAGCGCAGAGGCUGCUAGCUGCACCCAGCGAGGAGAAGAAGAACCAGGUGGGCUCAGAGCAAGAGUUGGGGGUUGCUUGCCUCAGGAAGGAGCUAGCUUAACAUGCACUGUGGUCCCACGGUGGUCCUCGCUUCAGAGGAGAGAGAGCUCACCUGCUGCACGUCGGAUCUGAACCUGGAUUUACUGCUCUGACAGAUGAGAGGCACGUUCUCAGGCGGAGCCGCACUGACAGCAGCCCUCUGAAGGAGUGUGAAUGCUGGGCUGCACUGGGAGCACUGGAACCACCAAGGACACUGAGCCUUUUGCCUCACAGUUCACCUGGAGCGAGGAAUAUAUUCUUGGAUUUGAAUAUAAAUUGAGGAGUUUGGAAUUGGCACACUGGAAAUCCAGCGUUUCUUUGAUGUGGGAUUUACAAUAUGUCUACCUGAUCGUACUCUGUGUGGCUCUGGAGUAAGGACGAAACAUGAUUUGAACUUGGAAUGUGUAUUCCUUGAUUUAAAAAAAAUAACAUGAGUACCUCAACAGUACUUUAGAAUGCUGCUACCUUCAUUGUCUGAGCCUUGUCCUAGCUCUCAAAGAGGUUGACCAAUGAAGCCAUGGGACUCAGCCAGAGCUUUACAAAUGGGGCCUGUGGUAAAGCCCUGGACCAGCCGGUCGGAGAGUGGCUGGAGCACGUGGGGCUGCCGCAAUACGAGAGCAAGUUCCUGCUCAAUGGCUUUGAUGACCUACGAUUCAUGGGAAGUAACGUGAUGGAGGACCAAGAUUUAAGAGACAUGGGGAUCACUGACCCAGGGCACAGAAAGAAAAUCCUCCAUGCAGCACGCGGCUUGCCCAAGGUGAAACCACUGGGUUGUGAUGGCAGCACAUCUUUAUCCUCUUGGUUGGACUGCCUUGGCCUGCAUGAGUAUCUUCCCAACUUUCUCUCUAAUGGCUACCGAACCCUGGAGUGUGUGAAGAACUUGUGGGAGCUGGAAAUUGUUAAUGUUAUUAAGGUCGGGCCCUUAGGCCACAGGAAGAGAAUCAUUGCAUCUCUAGCAGAGAGACCCUAUGAAGAAGCUCCCUCUAAAUCCCGUCGGCUGUCCCCAAUUAUGUUCCAUGAUCUCCUAUCCCAGACCACUUCACCCCUCAGUCAGUUGGACCCUUACACCAGUCGCUCCAUGGACAUGCUCCUCCCCCUGACCGAGUCGGACCGGAGGCGAAGAGCAGUCGAUCAAGACUGCAGCAUUUCGCUGCGAUCCUAUAAUGAGAGGCCGCGCUCUGUAGACAGACACAGUGAACGACAUAAAGAGUCUCGAUUAAACCUCCGGCCGCCGAGCCACUCUGCCACGUACGCCACCGUGUCCGCCUGGCAUCACCAGCCUGAGAAGCUCAUCCUGGACUCCUGCAGGUACGAGGCAACAUAUUUAGGAUCAUUGAUAAUCAGGGAUUUACGGGGGAUUGAGUCCACACAAGAUGCCUGUGCUAAAAUUAGGAAAUCAAAGGAUUCCAAAAAGGGCCCAGUUGUCAUACUGUCCAUCACCUACAGAGGUGUCAAGUUCAUUGAUGCUGCCACUAAGACGAUAGUUGCAGAGCAUGAAAUCAGAAACAUCUCGUGUGCCGCCCAGGACCCGGAUGACCUCUGUACCUUUGCUUACAUCACCAAGGACUCUAAGAGUGGCCACCACUUCUGUCACGUCUUCAGUACUGUGGAAGUCAUCCAAACAUAUGAGAUCAUCUUAACACUGGGACAGGCGUUUGAGGUGGCUUAUCAGAUGGCAGUUCAGUCCAGGGCGAGACACUAUGUGCCUCCAACAUCUCUGGGCUCAGAGUUCAUAGAAACCAAAACCAGCCGCCCAGUUUCUCAGUCGUGGAACAGCACGAGAAGAUCAGCGGGCGCCCCUCUGCUCGAAUGCCGCUGCUGUCACUGUCACACGUGUACUACCCACCGUCCUUCCUUCCUCCCGUUGCACUCUGUUAGCCCUGGAAUCCAGAUCGACCCCCUGGAGAUGGAUGCCGACAUGCAGUCGCUGGGCAGCACCACCUGGCUCUGUGACCAGCGGGACUCCAACAGGCGUCCCGUCAGCACCAACCUGUCCUGUCUUACCAGGCAUCUACCACUGUGAGGCACUAUGAGGAGGCUGCUUUGCUAGCAUGGGAUGCAAGAUGGACAAAUAACAUAUAUAUAAAUAUACAUAUAUAUAAGUGAAAGACAAAAACAGCAACCUGCAGCAAACAACCUGUAUUUUUUUACUUAUUUGUACAGUACUCAUAGUAAGACCAUAUAUGGAUUGGUCACAAAUCUAUCACUGAUGUCUGAACUCAAAGCGGACUGAGAACUGAAGCCUCCUUACACAAUAUUGCAGUAACUAUAAUUAACUAAAAAAAUCCCACCUGAUCCCCUACCCUGCCAAACUCCAGCACCCAACAGCUGCACGCCUACAACCAGUUUUUAACAAACAGAAAGGAGGAAAAAAAAAAGCUACAUUUUGGAUUUCCUGCUGUAUCUAACUGUGACUGGCUGGGAAGAUGUGUAGAUGAUGGUCCAGGUUUGUUGAGAUGAGUCUGGCCUUGUACUGCCCAGUGCCUGUCAGCAUUAAUGGUAGCGCUGAGAGCCUGCAAAUCUUUUUCAUUUAUAAAGCAAAACUAAAAGCACUGUGUUUAAAAAAAAAAAAAAAACUAAAGAAAAAAAAAACAGCACUAUCCCUUUUAAAACUUUGUCUUAUUACAGUGCAAGUGUAGUAUUAGUGCAUUUUGUGAUACUUUUUUAAAGAUGGGAGGUAAUUGAAAACAGAUGAUAAAUAUCUCGACAGAAGUAACAUCAUAAAGACAGGACAAAGAAAAAGAAAAAAAUAACAAAAGUAAGCAUAUUUAGGAUGUUGGCAGUAGUCCCAAACUUUGCUUAUUUUUGUAAUCUACAAUCAAAGAUCAGUUCAUUUAAGCAAUAGUUUAGGACUUUUGAAGUGACGAUAUGAUAAAAAGAAAAAAGAUAUUAAUAUCUUGCCUGCAGUAAAGAAGUCUUUUGGUGUCUUCAUUCAUACAAACAAAAAAUGGUCAUGUCCUGAAGGCUGAAGUUAAAAAGUAAUAUGACAGGGGUAAAUACCAAAAUGGACUUUUCUUUCCCAAAACAUCUAACUGAAACAUUUUAUUGUUUUAUGAACUCCUCUGAUAUCACAAUUCUGUUUGAAAGUUAUUUAGAUUGAAAUUGAUGAGUAUUUACAUAGAGAAUUGGGUCAAAGGAGGUGUGCCAUCAAUGACCUUCCUGUGUGAAGCACAUGCAUCCAGUUAUAAUCUGUACUUGCUUCACCCUUGACAAUUUGCGGUGGGUUGGGAUGGUACUGGUGCUGACCUCCAGCAGUCUUUGGGUGAGAGGCCUGGUGCUCCUUGCAUGUGCUUCCUGGUUGUCACAAAGAAACACACAAGACAAACACCAUGCAGACAACACAUUUACAGCAAUUUAUAAAGACCACUUAACCUAAUCGUCAUGUUUCUGACUCAUAGGACGAGGCCGAAUAAUGAAAAUAAGAUUCAUUGUGUUCCCUGAUAAACUUUUCAAGCAAUUGGAAACAUUUUUAUCUUAAAAAUGUUAACCCAGUAGUUUGGUAACAGCCUUCUAUUAUAUCUCAAAGUCACUUCUUGGAUCAGUGAACCAAUAAUCAUACAUUUCUGGUCUUGUAAUGUAGGUUGGACAAGCAAAUCCCUCUUCUUUAGUGCUAAGUUUGCACUUUUCUGGCAGGAUGUAAUAAUGCUGCUUGCUCUCCCCAACUUCAAACUUUGGUGAAACUCAGCUGGUGUUGCAGAGAAUGGCUUAUUUUUUGGCUUGGUUUUAUUGUCAAGUUCAAGUUGAUAAGGACUUAUUUUUAUUUUGUUUAUUUUGACAACUUUUAGCUCUCAGACAAAAAUAGAGGCUAUUCUCUAACAUUAUUUUUAUUGUUACUUCAAGACCCAAACCAGGUUUUGUUUAGUCUAAAGCUAUCCACGCAUAUGAAAUCAAGCAGAUUACUCUUUGGAAGUUCUGGGCAGAAGCACUUUACAGGUUCUGCUCUCUGUACAUUUUUAGUAAAAUCAUUAAGUAAAUAAUCCUCAAUAUCUAUGUAAAUAAUCUUAAAGUGCUGUGUCAAUGGUUGAAAGGUUUAUAAAAUAGUGUUCUCGCAUAAAUUAACUUACUUUUAGAAGAACAGUUCAGAUAAAAAAAAUCAAUUAUGUUUUAAUUAUUAUUUUUACAAACUUUAGCUUUAUAUGAGACCAUUGCUAUGACUAUUUUCAUGGUCCAUUUUCAGUUGCUGUUUCAUGCAGGAAGUUAAUUGUUGUUGCACCUCCUCAUAUGUCCGUUUAGAAAGUAAAAAAUCGAAAGUUUCUAUUUAUAUAAUCUCCAAACACAAGCGUUUAUUUUGUUUAAAAGUUUUUAAAAAGACUUUGCAAAAUUGUUGACAUAUUAGAGAUUUUCUUUUAAGAUGGUAGAAGUCCACUUAGUGUUUUUAGCUGUUAUUUUCAGCCUCCAGAACUAACCAAGAUGUUUUAACAACCUUCUAACAUAACCUCACUUCAAAAAUCUUGAGCUGUUUCUUUAACACCAAUAUAUUUAUGGCAAAGAUUGAUUCACUUUUCCCUUCAUGGGAAGCUUAUUAUACAUGAUUACACGUAGCUUUCUAUUUAACUCCAUUUUCAAAUUUGGUACAGUACACGUAAAAUAUGUCACUUCACGUAAUUGAGAGUGUUUUGUUUUUUCCGUCUAGUUAAAGCAAAUAGUAUAUAAAGCUGGAAACAACACAUGGUUAUUUUUUAAACCAAGUAUUUUCCUCCUGCACUGUGAUUGGAAAAAAAAAAGAUGCAGAUUGUGACGAUGAGACAUGACUGGGUGCCCUCUCCUCUGCACUGCCAAACAUGCGUGCUGUUCGCUUUGUUUCUGUCUGUCCUUGUGGACAUUUGGACUGCAACAUCACUGGCCGCUGUCCUUGUUUCUGUGUGUCGCAGGAGGGUUGAGAGAGUUCUUCUCCAAAGACAGUGUGUCUGGAGACUGUAUUGAUGUAGCUGCUGUCUGUGCGGCACUCUGGUUGUGUCAUUGCCACUUUGUUCUGACUUUUAUCUGUUAGCUUCUACUGAUGAUGCAUGUUUGGCAGUGUCUUUGUGUUUUGUCCCCUCUGAUGCAUUUGGCCUGAGCAGUCUCUGUAUGUUCUGUACUGUAGCAGCGUCUCGUCUCCACUCUUUCAUCUGCCAUAUGUCUUUUAUGUUCCCACUCUCUGUUUACAUGCUAAUUCAUCACCCAUCCCUCCGUUUCCACCCUUCUCACCAUUUUUGUCACUCGUCCCCUCCAUUUUGUGUGUCUCCAGGACAACCUGCUCUCGUAUGGCUGCACACUAUAAAAGAAAAAAAAAAAGAAAAGCAUUACACUUUAAUGAAGAGCAGCUAUUUAAAGCGAGAAUUGGUAGCAUGAUGUGGCUGUGCAUGUACCUGUCCUCUUUUUAACAUUCGUAUUCUCCCUGUGUAGCUCACUCCAACGUUCAAGUUUCCGGACACCAAGCUGUGAGUUGAAGGGGAGCAGCUGAUGCGAGUGUGUUUGCGUGUGUUGAAUUAGUGCACAAAGCAGUGGGAAAAUGGUUAAAAGAGAGAGAGAGGGAGAAGGGGCCAACCAGCGUUACUCUGACAUUUAGAUCUCACUCUGUACACCUCCUGCUCCUCCACUGCCCCCGAGAUGAAUUCCCAACUCACAGUCAAAAGGUAACUCGUGGUCCCACAUCACUGGCUGAACAGGACCUGUAUAUCACUCCUGUCUCGAGAAAGGUCAAGUCUACUUCCUGGCCUCCGUGUGACUUGCGGAUCUUGUCAUGUAGGUACUGUUAUGUAUAGAGCACUGUAGACCGUUAGUAACAUAGACCAUUAAUGAGAAUUUCUGUUGAUUCAGGUCUACUGAAGAUAGCAAGAGCGCAGUUUGAAAAAGGGUAACUAAAGAGAAAAAAUAAACUGUACCAGCAUACAAUGCUUUGCCCAUAUUUGUGGUCAGAGUACGGUUUGUUGUUGAAAAUGUGAUACUGUUUCAAAUUUCAAAGCAAUAUUAUAUUCAUGAUAUUAAAUAAUACAAAGACUAAAGAAACCCUCCUAAGUCUGUUGUCAGCAUUGAUUUUCUUUACAUGGCUGAGCAGUUAAAAACAGACACAUUACACCAGCUGUUUGAAAUCAAAAGUGACAUUACAAGAUGGUAAUUAUUGUACAAUUGUGCUUUCAUUGUUUCCCCUACUGAACAAGAUUAGUGGGUGGUGCGACUUCUAAUCUAAACAAACGAUUAGCCCCGUUUGUGCCUCUCUUGUACUUUAUUAUUUUUCAAGUUGCAGAGCUGAAGCUCUCACAGAUCUUUGGGGGUGAAAAAAAGAAAGAGAAGAAAAAACAAACAUUAGUACUGCUGUGUCAGUGUUGUUGGUGUUCAGAGAACCAUCUAAGUAUGAACAAAAAAAUUAAAUGUCAAGUGACUAACUUUAAGCGUAUUCGGGAAUGACUUGAAUUACACUUCACAUUCUGCAACAUAUUUUUAAACACAGAUUUACCUUGUAUUUUUAUGUGCUGUACUAAACAUGUAAAAAUAAAUAUAUAAUCUCUGUAACAAUGUCAGUAAAGUUUUAGCAAAAGAAACAAGUCAGAAAUCUUUGUGGCACAGGAUCCUGGAAAUCCCCAAAACAACAAGAUGAAUUGUUAACAGACCUGACAUGUUUGAGGCUUUCUGAACAUUUAGCUUGCAGCUAAUGCACAGCUGUGUGACUUCCCAUCCACCUCACUGAGACAGCAGAAAAUUCACUCAGUUAAAGGAGCAUUCCCACUGUUUUCUCACAUGGCGCUUCAUUGAUGUAUACUGAUUAAAAAACAAACAAAAAAAUCAAAUUUUAUUAUUAGAUUGUGGAAAUUGCUCAACAGGAUGAAAAUUUCACAAAAGAGUAAAUUAAAGAUAUUGCCUAAAUAAUUAUGCUCAGAGUUUUGAAACCUGCUUAAACACCUUAGCCUUGAGUCACGAGGUUAAAUACUCUAUCACAGUUAGCUUUAAUUUGUUUUGAUUUUUUUAAAGUUCAUAUUGUUUUAUUUUUAUUAUAGAGGAAGCCAAUUACACAACAACACUCACUUCUUAUGUACUGUUCCUAAGUACAAAUGAUUAUGAAUCGAAAUAAAUAAAUUUAUCUGCAUUAAUAUUUUCUUCAAAAUUUUAAUGCAUUUAUCAAAGAACAAUAAAUGUACUAACCACAAGAAGGGCAUCUAUUUUACUGCAGGUGUUUUAUCAUCUGGAGGUUUCUUUUGGAUCAUGGUGGAACCACAUUGCUAAUAUUAAACAUAAAAUCUAUCCAAAUAAUUUUACUUACUGAAGCUGACAGAACCUCCAUUCAGUGUACAGAGGAAGAACAAAACAAAAUGUUGCAGGAACUUGACACAAAAAAGACAAACAUAAAAUAGGAUAUAAAGAAAAGAAAGAAAAAUAUAAUCCAAUUAAAUUUUGAAAAGUUGAUUAGUCCUCUUGAUGGUUCUGUCUGAAAUUACAAAUCCAUCUCAUCGAAAGAAGUUUCAGGAUAUGAGCCAUCACAAGGGACUGAUCAACCAAUAAGAAGCAAAGCUGUAAAAACUUAUAUUAACUGAUCACAAAGAAAUUCCACUAUUUUUAGAAAACACCUCAUUUUGAUGUGGAUAUUUUUAAUUUCCAAAAAUCUUAGUAAUUUAUCACUGUAGACUUAAGAAAGAACUGAGGUUGGUUUCUUGUUCACAUUGUUGUUUUAUAAAAAGAAUCUUGGAUCAAAGAUCCAAAACCUCUUUUCAAAGAGGUUAAAAUACCAUUUUGGUAUGUAAUCAAGUUCUGCAGAGAUGAUUAUCUUGUCCAAGUGAUUCCCUGCAGACCACAAGCCCCUGAGGUUCAAUUUCAUAAUAAAACCCAAAACUGUGACUAAAACUAAUACAAACUAAAGCUACUUUAGACCAAAUCUUUAUUAAAAUAAACUUAAAGAUAUAUAUUU